AUCAAGAAAAUCUAAAUACCAAAAAAAAUGCAAUGAUACAGAUAAUUGUUCAUUUUGUAUUUAAUUGGUUGAAAAUGGGGAAGCGCGAAAACAACUAGAGGAAGGAAAGGGCCGAUAAAAAUGGUAGGUCCGAAAGGAACAGUAUCGCGACUGUCUAUCAUGGCACAACUCAUGACCAUCCCGUGAGCAAAGAGGCAGCCAUUUUUAAACUGCUCACCUGCUAUAAUAGAAUAGAGAAGACAUGGAUGGUGAAAAUUGCACCGAACAGUAAUGUAACGGCAUAAGAACGAAUGGAGCGUGGCCAGCCGUAAAAGAGCAGGCGAGUUCGUGUCUGAACGCGAGGCUCGCUUAUAGUUGACGUUACUCCAGCGAAGGCACUGUACUCCCGUGAAAUAGAUGAAAUGGUGAACUGUCAACAUCGCCUAGAGAUUGGAACAUGAUUUUCUGUGGUGUUCAGGCGGAUAUUAACGGUUCCUCGUUGUAAGGGUGCACAACGACAAAGUUUGAUAAUUGAGGAAGCAUCGAAUUCAUCGGCUACAGCACACAGCGAUGACGGUUUUAAUAUGCGAGAGAAUAGCAGCAGCGCACGUAGAAACCGUGGAUCACGAAUGUUAAGUUUCGACAAUAAUGGCAGAUAAUGUACACAGAAAAUCGCAUAAGUUGUCGGAUCGGAAGUUAUCUAACCCGGUGCAUCGUACAACCACGGAAACGAUUCGGCUGGGCGAACCGGACAAGUUGCACCAUCCGGUCUCGUUGUCCGCGUCGAGCAACGCGACAGCGAACAAUCAGUGCAGGAAGAAGACGUCGUCCUUCCAGAUUACUAGCGUUACGGUGGGCUGCCGGAUGAGUAACGAUGCUGGUGAGGAUUCCAAUGAUGAUCUUGAUGAGUCCCAUACUGAGGACAAUUCAGUCGAGCACUCCAGGAUCACUGACAUCGACAUUGAGACACCAAGUUAUUCGGAGGACACGUUUUCCAAGGAGGAUGUAUUCUUCAAUACGAGCAAUGCUGCACUGGGUACAGCCCCGGUGAUUCCCACAAGUUCCCAGUAUGGCCUGGCAAUUGUACCCUCUGAAGGGAGCAAUGUCAGUAAUUCGGUCAACGACAACAAUAUAAAUACUCUUGACAUCACCUCUGUCACUGACAACAAUAUUAUCAACCUGCUGUCGAGCAAUACGAAGCAAGAUGCAGACCUACGUGAGGUGCAUUCGCAUGGCAGAAAUGAACGUUUCAAGGUGGUCAAGAUUGAGAGCACCGAACCUUUCAAGAGAGGACGCUGGACUUGCAUGGAUUACUUAGAUCAUACCUCUGUGAAUCAGCCUACAGCCAUUAGCACCCCUAAAGUCUCUGAUCCAAACGAGGUGUGCAUUUCGUAUGGAGUGACUGAUAGCGGGGUAGUCAUACCAGACGCGCCUAAGCAGUCAGUAGUGUCCGACGACAAGGGCGUCAGUGUCGACGCUAACGGGCAAGUGUCCCAUCAGGACGUUCACCCUUCAAUGGGCGUAACAAACAAUCCGACGACAGUUUCCAGUGCGAACUACGCGGUAAAUAAUUCAAUUCCCCAGAGUGUACAGCAUAAUUCUGCGCAGGUACAGGCACAAGCGCAGGUUCAACCUCCUUCACAGAUGCCCCAAUACUUCCAGCCAUCCUCACAGCAGCAACUGACCCCGCAACAGCAACAGCAGCAGCAGCAACAACAACAACAACCUGGUGGACAGGGCUCGACGCUGCCCUCGAACCUACAACCUGCCCAUCCCAACAAUUUGGGACAGCCUCAGAGCAUGCCUCAAGGCUCUAUUCCUAUUAUUACACAGACUAAUAAUAACAAUGUGACGCCUCAACAGAAUAUAACCCAUCCCACAGAGGAUACAUACGUGACAGUCAGCUCGCAAAAUCAGUCUUUGCCAGGUCAAAAUGUUUGUCAACCGUCGGUGCAGCAGGCUUCGGCGCCAAACUCUCAGGCACCGAAUAUUCUCGUCACCCAGCAUCCACCACAACAACAGCAGCCCCAACAACAGCAACAGCCACAGACCUUACCAUCCCAGAAGCAGAUGACCCAAGUGUCCGAGUCCAUGACUGCCAUGCAAGGGACACAAGCUAUCCAGAAUAUACACAAAGUUCCUCAAUCAGGUGCGCAACAGACACCUUCGAACAUUCACGGCCCGGGGGCCCCGGUACAAACUCAGGUGAUGCCGCCGGCUCAGAUGCAACCCCAGACAACUGGUAGCAAUGCUCAAGUGCAAAUGGCCCAAGUGUCGGCCAGCUGCCAGAACGUGGUGGGCGGAAUACAGCAAGGAAGUAUGACGUUUCAUCAGUCCGACCCGGAGCAGGACUCCGUUUCGGGCAUUAUUGCGGCUGCCGCUGCACAAUCAGCGGGUGCUGCCCUUCUUGAAUCCCUUGCCGAAGUUACUCAGAGCGGUGAUGACCACAAUGCCCUCGAGGACAAUGAAAGUAUGUCCGGGACAAGUGCCGUAGCAAUCGAUAAUAAAAUCGAACAAGCUAUGGACUUGGUGAAAAGUCAUUUGAUGUUUGCCGUACGGGAAGAGGUGGAAGUAUUGAAAGAAAAGAUAGCAGAACUGAUGGACCGCAUAAAUCAGCUGGAGGCUGAGAAUUCAAUCCUUAAGGCGCACGCGACGCCGGAAACGUUGGCUCAACUGAGCCCCCAGUCGUCGACGAAAUUACCCCAAAACAAUUCAGGAAGUGGUCAAUAGUUUAUUGUUUAGGAAAUAUAUUUAAUGCUGUAAAUUCGAUCUUUUCUUUCAAAAUGGUGCGGCAUUUUGGAAAUGUAUAUUGUUACGACCCCGAGAGGAGGCAAGAUUAUUUGAGAGUGCAUGACAUGACGACUGUGCAACCUAAGUAACAAUGUUGAUAUUGUUUUAUUAUAGAAUUGAGGUUCUGAGUAUGUUAAAAAAAAAGAAUACCUAACGAUACGAAGUAGGCAGCUAGCCAGCCAUAGCUUAUUUUACCUACUACCUACAUUACGGAAUUCGGCCAAUUUUAAAGAAAACCAAAGCCAUAAUAUCAUGCGAUUGACACUGCGAGCGCAAAUUUCUCAUUGUAAAAAAAAUACUCGUAUUAAGGAGUAUUACUGAGAUUCAAUAUAAUUUCAUUCUAACAAUUAUUACUUGGGUGUUUUUUUUGUUUAAUUCCGUCAAUUUCCAGUUGAACUUAGAGAUUCAAACUAGAUUUGUGUACACCUCGCCAUUCUCAAAACUCAUCGAUUACUAUUGUUUCUUUAAGGUGGUGCGUAACGUAAGCAGUAACAAAAAAAAUCAGACAGCGCACGAGAACUUUCAUUAAUGGUAUCGGUAUUUUGAAAAACAAACUCAACAUUGUCCUGCCAAUAUGUUUCAGAUAAGCAUAACUAUUUUGCGCUAAAACGGCAAAAAUUCAUUCUCUACAUUUUACAAUUGGAAUAACGUUUUCCGUUUCUUA